AUGCAAGAUGCUGGCUGCCAUUGCAGCAGCCCACUUCCUGUACCACUCUUCCAGUGCCACUCCAAGUGUGAAUCCCCCACGUGCCACUCCAAGUGUGAAUCCCCCACGUGCCACUCUUCCACGCGCCACCCCUCCAUGUGUGACCCCUUACUUCCUCUCACCAGUGCAUUGGGCGAGCUGGUGGUUGCCACCGCCUGCGCCUCUCCUCGCAUCAACUGCUCCUCCCUGCUCUCCGCAUUCACAGGUCCCAACUGCUGCAUUGACAUUCGGUACAUUGCCAAGCUUGUCCCCUGGUUCCCUCUCGCAUCGUCUGUCAAGAACAUGGCUCAUUUCGGCCAGAUGGUUCGCUCGGGAGAGUGGAAGCAGUUUGACUACGGAUUCAUUAAGAACUGGCUGCGAUACCAUCAAAGCACACCGCCAUUCUUUCGUGCCUCAGAUUUCCCCUCUACAACACGGCUCGCUAUAGCGUACGGUGGUAGAGACUCCCUAGCAGUGCCUGCUGACGUGGAAUGGCUCAUUUCCAAGCUGACACGACGACCCGAGGAGGUGCUCUACAUUCCAGAUUAUGCACACCUGGAUUUCCUGUUCGCCACUUCUGUUGUUAUGGAUGUGUACACCCAAAUUGUGAGAUUCUUUACAAAGUACCAGCUGAAUAGAGCGUUUGAAUAA